GUUUUUCGAGGGUUGGUUUUUUGUUUGUUUGAUUUUGUUUCUGAUAAAAUAAAAGUUAAGAAUUUUAUGAGGCUGCAGAGCUUUUGUUGUUUACACUUUACAAUGUAAACUACAAGUCUUUUUGGCUGUGUGGUUCAGUUUUCAGGUUACCUUAGCAACAUCACAAUAAUGAUCUCUUCUAGGCUAUACUGGGUCCCGUGUUUAUUUUUUUGGCGCUGAGGGUUUUAGCUUGGCCUGAAGUUUAUAGUAUUUUUAACAGCAUAGUUGGAAAUGAGUUUUUGAUUGAAAAUGGUAAUGGUGGAGUUGAGGGAGUGUGGUAGAAGCUAGUUAAUUCAUCCUUUUCUUAGAUGUGUGAUAUUAAUCUUCAUGCAGCCCCAGGUGGAUGACAAUGGAAGGUUCUUCUGACUCUGCUUGGCAGGAAUCUGUUAGUUCUAGGGCAUUGAAUACUUCUGGACCUAUACUUCGUCAUGUGGAAGGAGUUGGGGUUUCAGCUGAUACAUCACAUGAUUUUGAGUUUAUGAAGGAGGGUGAUUGGGUUGUGGUGGCUCACAGUGAUUCUCUAAGAAAUCAGGGUGAUUUAUCUGGGGUUCGUGAGGAUAACACGGCUAUUGACCCUUUUGUUCAUGCUAAAGAGUGGGGUGAUGCUAGUUUGAGGCAGUGGUUGGAUAGACCCAAACGAGUCCUAGAUGCCUUUGAAUGCUUGCAUAUAUUUAGACAAAUAGUGGAGAUUGUAAAUAUAGCGCAUUCAGAAGGUAUUGUUGUUCAUAAUGUUCGGCCGUCAUGCUUUGUCAUGUCCUCAAUUAAUCAUGUCUCUUUCGUUGAAUCUGCUUCAUGCUCAGAUUCUGGGUCUGAUUCUUCUGAGGAAGGAUUCAAUAGCCAAAAUUUGGAGGUUAAAGAUUUAUCUUAUCCUUUGCCCCAUGACAUGCUUUGGCAAAGAGGAAGGUUGAGAAGUGAAGAGAUUCAGCCAUUGACAACUCAAAGAAAUGCUUUGUCAGAAGCUAGUUGUAUUCAAUCAAGCUCAAUGUAUGGAACACAUGUAACUUUAGUAAAAGAGACUGAAGAAAACAAAAUCUUGGAUACAACGAAUAUGGAACAAGUUGAAGAAAAGAGGCAACCAUUCCCAAUGAAACAGAUUUUACUUAUGGAGACAAAUUGGUACACUAGUCCUGAAGAAAUUGCUGGUGCUCCAGUUUCCUGUGCUUCAGACAUUUAUCAAUUGGGUGUUCUUCUUUUUGAGUUAUUCUGUCCAUUUAGCUCAAGAGAAGAAAAAGCCAGAACUAUGUCUAGUUUGAGACAUCGAGUUCUCCCUCCUCAAUUGCUGCUGAAGUUUCCAAAGGAAGCUUCAUUUUGCUUAUGGUUACUGCACCCUGAGCCAAGUAGUCGUCCAAAAAUGGGUGAGUUGUUACAGAGCGAGUUUCUGAAUGAACCCAGAGCUGAUUUGGAAGAACGUGAAGCAGCAAUAGAGCUAAGGGAGAGAACAGAUGAGCAGGAGUUGUUGCUGGAAUUCCUUUGGCUGAUGCAACAAAGAAAGCAGGAAGCAGCUGAUAAGUUGCAGGCCAGUCUUUCUUUUAUUUGUUCUGAUAUUGAAGAAGUUAAGAAGCAGCAAACAGCACUCAAGAAAAAGGGAGGUUCGUAUGGGGAGUUGGGGAAGGGUGAACACUCAAUGUUAAAUCUCCCUUCAUUGAAUAUUGAUGAUAAUGAUGAUUCUUCUACCUUGGGUUCUAGAAAACCAUGUAGACCAGGACUUCAGGUUCACAACAUAGAAGAAUGUGUUGAUAAUCUAGAUGGUAAUCAGAAAUCGGCUACCCUCACCCAAAACAAAGGAAGUGAUCUUUUUAAAAGCUCUCGGUUGAUGAAGAACUUCAAGAAAUUGGAGGCAGCAUAUUUUUUAACAAGAUGCAGACAAAUCAAGCCUCCUGGGAAACCUAUGAUUAGACAUUCACCUUUAAGUAGAGAUGGUAGAGGAUCUAUUGUUGUAACUGAAAGAAGUUCAGUCAAUAAUUUAGGAUCGAAAGAGCGAUAUAAUGAAGAUAUACAAAAUGGGUGGAUAAGUCCAUUCCUUGAGGGUUUGUGCAAAUAUUUUUCAUUCAGUAAGUUGGAGGUUAAGGCAGAUUUGAACCAAGGGGAUUUAUUAAAUUCUUCCAGCCUAGUAUGCUCCCUCAGUUUUGAUCGUGAUGGAGAAUUUUUUGCUACAGCUGGCGUGAACAAGAGGAUUAAAGUAUUUGAAUAUGAUACAAUCAUAAAUGAAAAUCGUGAUAUCCAUUAUCCUGUGGUUGAAAUGGAUAGUAGAUCGAAGCUCAGCAGCAUAUGUUGGAAUACUUAUAUCAAAAGCCAGAUUGCUUCGAGUAACUUUGAAGGUGUGGUACAGGUUUGGGAUGUUUCAAGAAGUCAAGUACUUAUAGAAAUGAAAGAGCAUGAGAGGCGCAUCUGGUCCAUUGACUUUUCAUCAUCAGAUCCAACAUUAUUGGCUAGCGGGAGCGAUGAUUGUUCAGUUAAGCUUUGGAGUAUCAAUCAGGGAGUAAGUAUUGGUACCAUAAAAACAAAGGCCAAUGUUUGCUGUGUGCAGUUUCCAUUGGAUUAUAGUCGUUCACUUGCACUUGGUUCAGCUGAUCAUAGGAUUUAUUAUUAUGAUCUCCGAAAUGCGAGGAUUCCACUAUACACAUUAGUUGGGCACAACAAAACUGUGAGUUAUGUCAAGUUUGUGGACACAACAACUCUUGCUUCAGCAUCCAUCGAUAACACUAUAAAGCUUUGGGACCUGUCAAUGUGCACAUCACGGGUUAUUGAUACUCCCCUUCAGUCAUUCACAGGUCACACGAAUGAGAAGAACUUUGUGGGUUUGUCAGUAUCUGAUGGUUACAUUGCUACAGGCUCAGAAACUAACGAGGUUUUUGUAUACCAUAAAGCUUUCCCCAUGCCGGCACUGUCAUUCAACUUCAACAGCAGCGACCCCCACUCUGGCCAUGAAAUUGAUGAUGCUGAACAGUUUACCUCAUCCGUCUGUUGGCGUGGCAAACCCUCAACCACCAUAGCAGUUGCAAAUUCCACCGGGAAAAUAAAAAUCCUGGAGAUGGUUUAAUUUGGCCUGUGUUUUCCAAACAAUUCUUGAUUUCUAGUUAAAAUGAUAGGGGACGUUGUUUAAACCAGAGGAAACUGUGUAGCUAUAUAGUUUUAAGGUGGGUAUAGGGGUAUUUGAACAAAACAAUUUUUGGCAUUAGCUGAUAAAGGACAUGAACAAGAAGAAGAGCAGGUUGAUCUUUAAUCAAGUUUAUGUAAAUUGAUCAUAUUAAAAAAAAGGGGUGGACAAAUCACUUUUGUAUAUUAUGUAAUGCAUAUAUUUUAAACCUUUGUUUUCUGCAAGUACAUUUGGGUUGGUGGAGCUAUGGAUGACUCUGUAUUUCU